GUCUGACUAGUUUCAGGGUCAAUCUCCAGUUGUAGACGGGUGAUCCGGCACUCCUAUCCUUCUCCUAUCUCUCCUUCUCCUUCCAGACGAGGUUUCUAAUCCUCCUCCCUUGUACUUCUUCUAUUUCUUUGGAUCCUCCUCAAUGCCUCAAUCCUUAUUCUUCUGUUUUCCGUGGCUUUGAUCGUCAUUUAUUCUUCAAAAUCCCAAGAUUUCGCUGUUCUUGCCGGAGAUUGUCCCUUCUCUUCGCCAACCCUACCCUUCCUCAUCCCUUCUUCCCCUUUAACAUCGGGAUCGCUCGGUUCUAACAGUUGAUCAAGCGGGCACAUAACAGGCAAGCGAACAGCAAACCGACAAGCAAGUAUGACAGACAAACCAGGCAUGCCGACGGGUGGCGGAGACGAUGCGGGAAGCAUCAUGGCGUUGCUGGAGCGUGUGGCGGGCCUCAUGGACAGCGUCCAGACCACGCAGCAGCGCAUGGAAGAGCGUCAGCUGGAGCUGGAGAACACGGUAAAGACCAUCCAGACGGACGUCGUUAAGCUGACCAGCGCCCACGCCACCACCAGCUCCACCGUAGACCGGCUGCUGGAGAAGACGCGCAAGGUCAGCCGCCACGUCAAGGACGUCAGAGUGCGCGUGGAGAACCAGAACAUCCGAGUGAAAAAGGUGGAGGCCACGCAGGGUGACCUGCUCGCCAAGAACAAGUUCAGGGUGGUCAUUUAUCAGGGUGACCAGGAGGUGAAGGCUGUCGCACCAGGCAACGAGCCAGCAGAACCCAGCAGCAGCACUGCCGCCAGAGCCGAGAUAGAACCGGACAAGUUUGAGCUCCCUCCGGAGUCGGAUGAAGAGUACAUGGUGGUGGAGGAGGCAGACUCGGCAUCAGCCAGCCGCGAGAAGAAGACAGGGCUGACGCGCAUCGAGAGCUUCAAAGCCACCUUCUCCAAGGAGAACAUGAGCAAGACCCGCGAGAACCUGGGCACCAAGGUCAACAAGUUCGGCGAGCGCAUCGUGACGGCCGAGAGGCGCGAGAAGAUCCGCCAGUCCGGCGAGAGGCUGAAGCAGUCGGGCGAGAGGCUGAAGGCCAAGCUCAACCCCAAGAAGGAGAGGACUGUGGCGGAGGGCCAGGAAGGAGCCGAGGGCGCCACAGAGGGCGCAGCGGAGGCAGCCCAGCCCGUCCCUCCUCCCAAGGGCCGCAAGGGCAGCCCGGACGCCGCUAAGGCGGCGGAGGAUGAGGGCAAGGCGGAGGAUUCAGAGGUGCCGAUGUACGACAUGAAGCAGCUGUCGUAAAGCACGAGACAGUGACGAGAUCUGGGCCGUUUUCUUUGGACCACGCAGAGCGAGUGAAAGAGAGGUUUGUCAGGGUUGCUGCUACCAAGCAGAGCGGGCAGCAAUAUUACGAAUCCCACUAUGGCCACGCCAAGACCCGCCCUUCAAUAGCAUUCACACACUACUAUUGGCCAGGCGUC